AGUUGGGUAAUUGCCCUUCAGCCUUCCCAGAACCUGAGGGGCGUUCUUGGAGGCAAAGCCCAGAGAAUUGCAGGGGUCCACUAAGACCGCAGCCCCGGGAGCCUCUGACACCAGCCCUCACUAGUCCUCCAACAGUUUGUCAAAAUUGCCACUUAAGUGUCCUCACUAUUGUUGGAUCCAGCGGCCUUUGCUCCAGAAGUAUGGAACCGUGGGAUAGGUUUCCCGAUCACCAGGAUGAUGCUGAUAGCUGCUCAGAAUCCGUGAAGUUCGAUGCCCGCUCCAUGACAGCCUUGCUUCCUCUGAAUCCUAAAAAUGGUCCUACCCUACAAGAGAAACUGAAGUCUCUCAAAGCUGCACUGAUUGCCCUUUAUCUCCUUGUGUUUGUAGUUCUCGUGCCUAUCAUCGGAAUAAUGGCAGUGCAAGUCCUGAAGUGGGAAAUGAAGAAUUGCACAGUUGGUUCAAUUAAUGCAAACGAUAUGUCUCAAAGUCUCGCAGGAAAAGCAAAUGACAGUGAAGAAGAAAUGAGAUUUCGAGAAGCUGUAAUGGAACAAAUGAACAACAUGGAGAAGAGAAUCCAAUUUAUUUCAGAUACAGAAGCCAAUCUCAUAGAUUCAGAGCAUUUCCAAAAUUUUAGUCUGGUGACUGAUCAAAGAUUCAAUGAUGUUCUUCUCCAGCUGAGCACCUUGGUUUCCUCAGUUCAGGGACAUGGAAACGCAAUAGAUGAAAUCUCCAAGUCAUUAAUCAGUCUGAAUAUCACAUUGCUUGACUUGCAGCUCAAUAUUCAAACACUGAAUGGCAAAGUCCAAGAGAAUACAUUUAACCAUCAAGAGGACGUGAGUAGAUUAGAGGAGCGUGUGUACAAUGCAUCAGCAGAAAUUAUGUCUAUGAAAGAAAAACAAGUGAAUUUGGAACAGGAAAUAAAAGGAGAAGUGAAACUACUGAAUAAUAUCACUAAUGAUCUCAGACUGAAAGAUUGGGAACACUCUCAGACAUUGAAAAAUAUCACUUUAAUUCAAGGUCCUCCUGGACGCCCAGGUGAAAAAGGAGAGAGGGGUCCUGCUGGAGAAAGUGGUCCACGAGGCAUUCCAGGUGCAAUGGGUCCUCCAGGUCCCAAAGGUGAUCGGGGAGCAAUUGGUUUUCCUGGAAGCCGAGGAUUCCCAGGACCAAUGGGGAAGACCGGGAGGACAGGAAAUCCUGGACCCAAAGGCCAGAAGGGGGAAAAAGGGAGCGGAAGCAUGCUAAGACCAGUGCAACUCCCGGAUCAUAUUUGGGCAGGGCCCUUUUAAGAUCAGGCAGGUUGGGCAAGACACCCUCUGCUACCAUCUCAUUAAAAGGCCCCUCACCUCCGGACAAAUCAUCCGCACAACUGACUCCAAGAUCCCUUUGUGGCUCCUUCAAAUGACUCUGGUUCCUGUGUCGUAUCCAGCUUCCACAUGGCUUUCUCUCCAGGUCUUUUGUGCUGUUUGGACCUCUGUUCCUAUGCUCAGACCUCUUCCCACUCUAGUAACCCACCAUCACCACCAUCUGCUGGCACCCUUAGCUGGGUCAUCUCCCAUGUACUGACUGGCAAGCUGCUCCUACCAGUUCUCAGAGCAAGAGCAGGAGCCCUCUGCUCCCCACUCAUCUGAUGUCUUACUGAACCCAAUUUAACCCACUGGGUUCUAGGAGACAUCUCAUGGAUAUUGAUUAUAUAUGGGUUCUUUACAUUCAAAAACAAUACUCUCAAUAAGUGAUAGGGAUAACAUAAAAGAAAAUUCGUUCGUUCGUUCAUUCACUCUGCACAUGUUCAUUGUGUGCCUCCUGUAGCUGAACAUAACAGCUAAUAAGAUAACUAUUGUCUCUGGCCCUCAUAGAGCUAAUAGUCCCUGAAAGCCUAGACAUGGAAACAGGUGAUUAUACAAUACAACAGAGCUAUACUGGGGGAGGAACAGGGCUCUACAGGUGUUCAGAGGAGAUCAAGAUUAUUAAAUUCUUUAAAAUAUUAAAAAUAUUGAUUUUGAUUAGCUUAGUUUACCUUCUUAUCUGCUUACUCUACAAAUUAUACCACCCCCCCCACCCCGUUUUUCCCAAAGUUUAUAGUGAGGUAGAGUAGAGCUUGAACAGUUCAUUCAACACAUUUAGACCAAAACACAGAACUUACUUCCUUCAAUUACCUGGCAAUUUCAAGCAAGUAUUUUGAUCAUGAAAAAAUAAUGCUGAAGUUUUCUAUUGCCAAAAGCUCUUUUGUAUUUUACGCUUUAAGUAUCUAGUAUAGAUCCUGAAGAUAAAGAAAUACUUCCAUAGAACUGGAAAUAUUUUAUGUAGGUGAACAAAGGGAUAAAAAAGAGAAAGGGGAAAGAAAAAAUAAGAAAAGGCAGACCGAAACAAGGAAUAGGAAAAAUAUAGGCUAUCAUGUUGUUUUUGAAGUUCUUUCUGUUUAUUAGCAGAUGACGUUUUCACACUUCUCAUUUCACAGUUUACAAAUAGUCGCAGGCGUCCCAGUCUUGAAUUUCUGGUAGAAUUUGAGCGUGUCCGUGUGUCCCUCAGCCCUUCCAUUCCCUCUCCUGGGAAAAGCGUUUCAUGACACCUACCUCACAGGGUUGUUGUGAGGGUCACGUGAGAUACUGUGUGUGUGAAGAUGCCCUGUAAAAUCAUAAAGUGCUUUAAACACACAAGGUCUGCUUCGCCGUGGUCUCUCUGAACCAGAAUUGCUGUUCCGUGCCGGAAUCACGCAGACAUUUAAAACCGGUCCUGAGGAUAGGAGCGAAAGCAAAAUGAAAAUGCAAGAAGCCAAGUAAAUGUCACGGACAAAAAGAGAGAGAUGCUAGAGAGGAAGAUGAGAUUUUACGCGAGACAGAGGAAUGAAAGUGUGACCAGAUCACAAAUCACUGAGUUUGUCUGGGCCGAGCAGAAGAGCGUAAGUUGUAAAUAAAAGAAGUGACUAAACGGAGUGUGUGCCAGAGGCCAGAAGCUGUCAACAGAGGUCCGAACAAAAUGUCAGUCUAAUAAAACAAGAGAGUCCAGGCUCUGAAGGACGAAGCGUGAGCCCAAGACUCUGCUGAUGAGAAAGCUCCAAGAAGGGUUGAAACAAAUUAGAGUUGUCUAUGGUCCUCUGGGUCUGCCCCUAAUGACACCAGAGUCUCCAAGAAUAAAAACAAAAAAGAGGAGGGGGAGGAAUCAGCCAGUCUCGAGAUGGUCCUUAGUGUUAGAAGACUGGCCAUGUCGACUAGCCAGUUAAUGCAAACACCGGGAGGGGAGUUGAAGCUCUUUGUCCGGGGUUGAAUUAGGUGCCACUUCCUACCCCACUCUGUACUGGGGGCCAACUAGAACCUGGGAACCCGUCUUCCCUUGCCAUCGGGCUGUGGUCCACACUGGCCACAGAAUGACCCUGAUCCCAGAGAUCGUGGCAGAUAAUUGCAGGGCACUCCAUUCACAGGUUGCUUGACACCCCAAAGUGCAAGUAGAUUCUAAGUGUGUGAAAUACUGAUCCAGACUUUGCAAAUUAGGGGAGAAGGAUUUCUCUUUUCUCCUUAGACAAAAAUAGAUCUGAAUGCCCAGCUCAGAUGCAUAAAUUAUACCACCCUGAGUAACGUGCGAGGAAGAGACAGAAAUCUGCCUCGAGCUCUCCUGCUUAUCACAAGGAUUCCUCUGUUCUGUUCUCGCCUGACGUGGAAGUGUGUUUCAGUCAAGCAAAAACAAUUCCUACCAUACAAUUAAACACUUUGUGUGAGGCUCUGUCCUAAACACACCGAUGACCAAUGUGUCAUUGGUCAGUAUUUUUUACUGUGCUUUAUUCAUGCCCAAUGAGACUGUAAUUAGAAUGUGAAUUUACAGUGUCUUAAAACUCGUGCAAGGGUGUGAAAUAUCAGUUUGACUUGCCAUUGAUUUCUACUGAGGACAGCACAAUCACAGAUGAAUUUUGGUCUUUCUCAAAGCAUUCAGCCGACCGAAGUAAAACCUUCUCCUCCAAACACUAAAUAAUGAUAACAGUGAACAUUUAGACAACACUGGGUGUGCACCAGGGGCUUUUGAUGCAUUAUCUCAUUUAAUCCUCAGAAGAGCCUUUGAGGUAGGUACUUUGUUAUUCCCAUUUUGUAGAUUGGAAACUGAAGCUCACUGCUGAUAAAUGGAAGGGCAGAAACUCAAAGCCAGGUAUAUCAAUCUCCAAAGCCCCAUGUUGUAACUAUGACUGCAUUCAACACCCCCACGCUAGUUUUUUCUUUUCUUAAGUAUAAAUGCCGCAAAUGCAUAGCGUGGAGGGUGUGGGGAAAAGAGGGAAAGAGAUUUGUAAUAAGCAACUUGGUUUUCCGGAAUGGGCCUAAUAAUUUGAAGACACAAAGCAGGUGGAAAUUCUUAGAGUAUGACUUCCAUUAUUUCAAAUUAAAAAAAAAAGCAUUGCCAAUUAAUCUUGAUUUGUGUAUGUUUCUACCUUCGCAUACUAGGUCGGCUCUUGCCUCCAGUUCUGCCCCACAUCUGUUAUUCAGAAACAUAGUCUCCCCGGAACACCUGCGAAGUUUACAUUGUCGGUAAUAAGAGUUAUUUACUUAUGGGCGUGAGGAGAAGGAACCACCUGUUAAUAUUCUGUUUUUAUUUCGGUAACUGGCUCACUCUUAACAUUUUUUCAGUAACUGGCUCACAGAUAUAUUUUUUAAUAUAAUCUGGCUGCUUUGAUGUC